UCUUUGUUUUCCAUUCUCAUCAUUAGUUUGUGAAUCACUUCUCAUUUCUCGUAUUUGUUGCUUUUGGGGAAAAAAGAAAGAAAAACUACACGGAAAAUUACUGAAUUUUGAGAAUACAACGCAGCAGAUACAUUCGAGGACGACGAAUAGAAACAACGAUCUCUCACACAUCGAUGUAUUCCAGUUUAUGUUAAAAAUAAAUUCCAAAAAAAGAAAGAACGCAAACAAAGUAACAAGUAAAAAGCGUUGUGUUGAGUGAGUGGUUGGUUGGUUGCUGAGUGUGUGUGUGUGUGUGCGUUGGGAUGUCGUCUUCAUUGUCAGCAUCAGCAUCGGCUGAAAAUGUGAACAUCGGUGGUGGUGGCAGCGGCGGAGGUAGUGGUUCAGCUGGUGAUGGCUCCUCACAGGACGGGGCUGCACCUAGCAUGUGCCUGGAAUUGGCCUUGGAGGGUGAACGAUUGUGCAAGGCUGGUGACUGUCGAGCAGGUGUGGCCUUCUUUCAGGCAGCCAUUCGUGCAGGAACCGAUGACCUUCGCACCUUGAGUGCGAUCUAUUCACAACUGGGCAACGCCUAUUUCUAUUUGGGCGACUAUUCCAAGGCAAUGCAAUAUCACAAAUUGGAUUUGACGUUGGCUCGCUCCAUGAACGAUAAGCUGGGCGAGGCGAAGUCAUCGGGUAACUUGGGCAACACUUUCAAGGUGAUGGGUCGCUUCGAAGAGGCUGUCAUGUGUUGUGAUCGCCAUUUGACAUUGGCUCGACAAUUGGGCGAUAAGUUGUCCGAGGGAAGGGCCCUCUACAAUUUGGGAAAUGUCUAUCAUGCCAAGGGCAAACACAUGGGCCAGCGGAAUCCGGGCGAUUUUGGUGAUGAUGUUAAGGAGGCCUUGACCAAAGCUGUGGAAUAUUAUCAGGAAAAUUUGAAAUUAAUGCGGGAGCUGGGCGAUCGUGGAGCCCAGGGUAGAGCUUGUGGUAAUUUGGGUAACACCUAUUAUCUGUUGGGUGACUUCCAGGCCGCCAUUGAACAUCAUCAGGAGCGCCUGCGCAUUGCCCGAGAAUUUGGUGACAAAGCUGCCGAACGACGGGCGAACAGCAAUUUGGGUAAUUCCCACAUCUUUUUGGGACAAUUUGAAGAAGCUGCCGACCACUACAAACGUACCCUGGCCUUGGCCAUUGAAUUGGGUGAACGCGAGGUUGAGGCCCAAUCAUGCUACAGUCUGGGCAAUACCUAUACCCUGUUACGUGAAUUUGCCACCGCAAUUGAUUACCAUCAACGGCAUUUGGGUAUUGCUCAAGAGCUGGGCGAUCGUGUGGGGGAGGCACGAGCCUGCUGGUCAUUGGGUAAUGCCCAUUCGGCCAUAGGCAAUCAUGAAAAAGCUUUAAAAUAUGCGGAAUCACAUUUACAUUUGGCCAAAGAAUUACAAGAUCCAGUGGGUGAGAGUACUGCGCGUGUGAAUAUUGCCGAUUUGCGUAAGCUGUUGGGUAUGCCCGAGGUGGCACCAUCACCCGUCGACGAUGAUCGUUCGAGCAACACCGACCUAUCGCAGGGCAGUGAUGUACAGUCAGAUGGUUCGGAAAACUCUCAAGGACGUAUGGUUCGUGUACGUCGCCAGAGUAUGGAGCAAUUGGAUUUGAUUAAAAUCACACCCGACGGUAAACGACAGCAAAAACAAGAUGCCAAAUCAAUGCGUCCGCCCAUGGCCAAAGCUCAGGAUGAUGAUUUCUUUGAAUUGUUAUCACGCUCCCAAUCCAAACGUAUGGACGAUCAACGUUGUUCGAUUAAAAUCAAUAAAAAUAGUCAGGGACCAAAUAUUUCCGCACCCAUUGCGGUGGUGGGUGGCGCUGCUGGUGCAGUGGUAAGCGGUGGCGCCAGUGGAGGAGGAGCUACUCGAAAACCAUUGCAACAACACAAUUCCAUACAAAACAAUAAUGGCUUCCCGAAUGGUGGUGGUGGUGGUGAUGGCAGUGUAAAUGGUGCUGGUGCAAAUGGUUUGCCGGGACUUAAAACCAAUGCUGCUGCGGCAAGUGGUGCUGGUAGUGCUGCGGCCGCUGUAGCAACUGGUAAUGUCACGGCUGCUGCUCCCGCUAGUCAUCCCCAGUUGUUGCGUAGCGCCACGGCCACGGAAAAAGUUGAUGAUGACUUUUUGGAUAUGUUAAUGCGUUGCCAGAGCUCAAGGCUGGAGGAGCAACGUUCCGAGUUGCCAAGACCAAAUGUACUCAUUGAUGCUGAGACGCAACCCAGAAAUCGACCUGCCGGUCGGGGUACCACAGUACCGGAUGAGGAUUUCUUUUCGUUAAUAAUGAAAGUUCAAAGUGGACGUAUGGAAGAUCAAAGAGCAGCUAUACCCAUGACGCGCCGUGAUGGACCUCCACACACAGGUGGUGGUGGGGGAAGCGGCAGUGGUGGCGGCGGUGGCUCAAACAAGUAAAUUGUAUUUACCAACAAAAUUUAGAUAGUCUUAUAUGUAAUCCUUCCAUUCAUCUAUUAUCAUAUAUAUAUAUCUAUCUUCCCUCUCCCCCUCCCUCGUUCCCAUUCGAUCAACAAUUACAUCCCUUAUCUCGAAGUGAUUCCAUUUUAUAUUCACAUUGCAUUUUAGCUGCUUAUUCUCGUUUAUUGUGUGUCUCACAUUUUUUACUACUACAAUUAUUAUUAUAUAAUUAAAUUUAUUUUUUUUUUAAUUUUAUUCUCAACUUUUACAUUCAACAACAAAAAAAAAAAAAAAAAACUAACAAUUUGUUUUAAUAUUCCACUAUUUAUUAGAGUAACCAAGGAACAUUCGUGUUCUUUAAAUUAAAACGAGAACAAAAACAUAAAUAUUUAAUAAAAAAUUAAACAAAUGUAUUUAUAUAUAACUAUUUGCACAUAAAUAUUGUGAAGAUCGUGUAAAAAAAACCAAUUGUCUUUUUUUAUUUUGAAAUUUUAAUUUUUUAAGUUUUUUUCUUUGCAAGUUUUGUGUUGUGAAAAAUUUGGUAUUCAAAGCAACCUAGGUUUCUCAGGAAUGUAAUGAAACAAGAACUGGGUCCAUGGUAUUGGUUGAAAUUGCUACAGACGUAUUUCGGAAAAAUCAGAUGUGCAACCCGAAGGUGUGCUUAAGUCUUUUCAAACGAACUGAUUGUUCCGCGCAAGCCACAGUUAUCUGGAAUAAAUUAGAAAAUAAGAACGAGGUUGUGAAGUUGCUCCCCCUAGCAUUUUGAGUGUAGGCCAAAGUCCUCAUCUUCUCGUUGGUCCCCCUAAUUGUUCGCGAUGUCCGAAAAAUCGAGUGGCUAGUAACAGGCAAGAAUGCCAACUUAUAUGCUUAUAUGCCGAUAUCACUAUUGGCGCCAUAUGUAUUUAAUCGAAAACUCCGUCUAGUCAUUAGGCACCACUGAAGCCAUGAAAGAUGCAAGGCCGGUAUCACUUUUGUCACCAGAAGCAUAGACACUUGAAGAUUUCAAAUGAUCGUUUUCACCGAGUAUUCCAUUUAGUGUCACACACAAAUUAACAACCAGAACAUGCAGUGCGACACAGGAGGGACGUAGACAAAAAUGAAUUUCGGCAAAAAUUCGGAAAGGCCCAAAAUGCCGAAAAAUAAGUUUUCCAUGCAAUAUAUACAAUAAUUUUUGAAAAUUUAUAACUUUCGGAGGGUCAUGCGCUUAAUUUAUCAAGGGCAUUUGUGGAUAUUGAACGUACUACCCUCCGUGCAAUUUAGAAACGUUGGAUCGCAAGCUAGGUUUAUGGGCGUCAGCCGUACGUGAAAUUCAGAAACAAGAAAUCAAAGAUGGUAGACCUUCCUGGCUCUCCAAAGUGGGGUGAUAUCACCGUAACUGUUUAACCUCCAUUUUUGUGGUAUUCCACGACCUCCUAAUGGCGUUGUGAUAAUGUACUGUCGGUGGCGAUGUACUGUAUGGGCAUUCGGACCCAUUAUUGAUUACAUUUGCAUUUGGUUGAUUUGGACAAUCGGAUCUGCGCUCCCGAACGGCCCGCAUACCACAAGGCUGGGAAUUGUCAACUAACCAACCGUUAGUUAGCCUCCUCAAGCCGUCCACAUAUGCCACAUCUAUCUGUGAAAAGAUUAUCAUUCAAACAAAAGUUGUGAAGUCUCGUGACGGUAGCAUUUGGAGAGGAAAUCUUCCAAAGCUUAUAUAACGCGAUAGCUCCGUUUGUGAUAAAAUUUGCGAACUCGAUGGGUUUUUGGCAAUUUGAAUUUACUCACUGGAAGAGCAUUCAGUCCUGCCAGAACCAGAACAGGGUGCCUCUUUAUGACACCUGUCAAUCACUUUCAUGAGGAGUCGAAUUUAUUCUGGGGACACAACAAUUGCUUGGGUGUUAUAAGCAUCGAUUUUAAUGUGGUCUGCCCACGUCAGUGCUAUGCAAUGGUAGAGUAUUCAAUCCUGCCAGAAAGCCGUCCAUGGAAAUGCAAAAUCGUAUCUUUUCAUGACACCUGCAAAUCCCCUACACAAGGAGGUAUCAUUCUGGGGAUGCAAUAAUUGUGAGGGUAUUAUAAGCAUAGCCGUCCUCAUCUCCACGCGGUGGAUAGGCAACCUCCGUCGAGACAUAUGAGGGGAGAGAGAGAGAGGUACAGAGAUAUAACAGAGCCUCUAGAUCAACAGAGACUUAAUGGUAUUCACUCUAACGUGAUGAUAGAAGCAAAGCAGGAAUGUAGAUAUCGCAUUUUUUUUUGACUUUGCAUUUGUAGGAGACCCUGAUAAAGAGAUUCAUCAGAAAAAACACAGCAGUACGAGUAGCUACGGUAUUAACUCUGACGCAGUAAUCGGAGUAAUGAAGGAAAAGAAAAUUUAUACCAUCCUCCCCAUUUAUGGGGAGGGUCAAAAAUUUGAAUAUCUAUGCAGCUCAUAAAACACGAAAUUAACAUCCGAUUCCAUUCAGACUUGGCAUAUCUCAAUAUUUCCAUCAACACAAGAUUUGCUAUAAAUAUGGUAGGGAUCGGACCAUUUCUUCUGGUACCUCCCCCACAAAGGGUCAAAAUUUUGGAUAAUCAAAACGAUUAUAAAAUCCGACAUUUGCAUCCCGUUCUCUCCAAAUUGAACACAUCACAAUAUUUUUAUUAACCCAAGGUCUGGUGUCAAGAUGGAAUAUAUCGGUCCCCUCCUUCUGGUACCUCCCCCACAAAGGGUCGAAAUUUUGAAUAUUCAUGAAGCUCAUAAAACACGAAAUUAACAUCCGAUUCCAUUCAGACUUGGCAUAACUCAAUAUUUCCAUCAACACAAGAUUUGCUAUAAAUAUGGUAGAGAUCGCACCAUUUCUUCUGGUAUCUCCCCCACAAAAGGUUAAGAUUUUGAAAAACCAAAACGAUCAUAAAAUCCGAAAUAAGCAUCCGGUUCUCUUCAAAUUAAACACAUCUCAAUAUUUUUUAUUAACCCAAGGUCUGGUGUCAAGAUGGAAUAUAUCGGUCCAGUCCUUCUGUGGUACCUUCCCCACAAAGGGUCGAAAUUUUGAAUAUUCAUGAAGCUCAUAAACGAAAUUAACAUCCGAUUCCAUUUAGACUUGGCAUAUCUCAAUAUUUCCAUCAACACAAGAUUUGCUAUAAAUAUGGUAGAGAUCAGACCGUUUCUUCUGGUACCUCCCUCACAAAGGGUCGAAAUUUGGAAUAUUCAUGAAGUUCAUAAAACACGAAAUUAACAUCCGAUUCCAUUUAGACUUGGCAUAUCUCAAUAUUUCCAUCAACACAAGAUUUGCUAUAAAUAUGGUAGAGAUCAGACCAUUUCUUCUGGUACCUCCCCACAAAAGGUUAACAUUUUGAAAAACCAAAACGAUCAUAAAAUCCAACAUUAGCAUCCGGUUUUCUUCAAAUUACACACAUCGCAAUAUUUUUAUUAACACAAGGUCUGGUGUCAAGAUGGAAUAUAUCGGUCCACUCCUUCUGGUACCUCCCCCAUAAAGGGUCAAAAUUUUGAAUAUUCAUGAAGCUCAUAAAACACGAAAUUAACAUGCGAUUCCAUUCAGACUUGGAUUCGCUCAAUAUUUCCAUCAACACAAGAUUUGCUAUAAAAAUGGUAGACAUAGGACCAUUCCCUCUGGUACCUCCCCCACAAAGGGUCAAAGUUUUGAAUAACCAAAACGAUCAUAAAAUCCGACAUUAGCAUCCGGUUCUCUUCAAAUGAAUCCCAUUAUAAUAUUUUUAUUAACCCAAGGUCUGGUGUGAAAAUAGAAUAUAUCGGUCCACUCCUUGUGGUACCUCCCCUACAAAGGGUCAAAAUUCUGAGUAUUCAUGAAGUUCAUAAAAUACGAAAUUAACAUGCGAUUCCAUUCAGACUUGGCAUAUCUCAAUAUUUUUAUCAACACAAGAUCUGUUAUAAAGAUGGUAGAGAUCGGAGCAUUUCUUCUGGUACCUCCCCCACAAAAUGUUAAGAUUUUGAAAAACCAAAACAAUCAUAAAAUCCGACAUUAGCAUCCGGUUCUCUCCAAAUUAAACACAUCACAAUAUUUUUAUUAACACAAGGUCUGGUGUCAAGAUGGAAUAUAUCGGUCCAGUCCUUCUGGUACCUCCCCCACAAAGGGUCAACAUUUUGAGUAUUCAUGAAGUUCAUAAAACACGAAAUUAACAUCCGAUUUCAUUCAGACUUGGCACAUCUCAAUAUUUCCAUCAACACAAGAUUUGCUAUAAAUAUGGUAGAGAUCGGACCAUUUCUUCUGGUACCUCCCCCACAUAGGGUUCAAGGUUUUGAAAAACAAAACGCUCCAAAAAAGUGAAAUAAGCAUCCAACCAUUAUUUUUAUCUGUAUUAGAUGAAGUAUGAAUAUCUGCCAAUAUUAGCCAAAUGUAUCGGAACCUCCCCCAUAAAGGGUUAACAGUUUGAAUAAUUAUAACACAAGGCUGAGCCUAUACAUCUAUCGGCAAAACCGACCGAUACUUUUUUUCUUUUUAUACCCUACACCACAAGGUUAGGUUAGGGUAUUAUGUCUUUGUGCAUUUGUUUGUAACAGGCAAAAGGAAACGAGAUUGACCCAUAGUUCCUUUUGAUGAUCUGCAUAGAAUCACAUUCGAUUAUGCUUGUCCGUCCGUCCGUCUGUCCAUGUAUUUUUGUAAAAAAAGUACAGUUCGCAUUUAUUAUCCUUUCCAGAUAAAAUUUUGCACAAAUCAUUUGUUUGGCCCAAGAACGAACCCUAUUGAAAUUGGAGGUAAGCGGUUAAAAUAUAUAUAUAGCUCCCAUAUAUAUGCAAGAAAUACACUUGCUAAAUUUUAUCGAGAUCGGUUCAGAUUUGGAUAUAUCUCCCAUAUAUAACUUCUUCCGAUUUACAUUUUAUUGUGCACCAAACGUCUAAUAUUUGCCCAAAAGGGAUGAAAUUUGACACUUACGACCGAAUUGAGUCUAGAAGCUAGUAUGUCAAAUUUGCCGAAGAUCGGUUCAGAAAUAGCUAUAGCUCCUAUAUAUACUGUUCAUCCGAUUUGUUAUAUUUGUUACCCACAGCCGUAAUAUGCACUCCGUAACAACGAUAUUCAGGGAAAUAUAUCAAAUACAGCUCAGAAAUAUCUUUGCCAAAUGUUAUCGAGAUCGGUUCCGAUUUGAAUAUAGCUCCCAUAUAUAUCUUUAUCCGAUUUCAAAUUAAUUGUAUGAUUGAAUUCUCCCAUAAAAACUUUUAAUUGUUAUGUGGAGCUCUACUAAAUUAGCAAAGUGGUGUAGGGUAUCAUAAAGUCGGCCCCGCCCAACUUUAAGACUUUCUUUACUGUUUUUUUUUUAAUGAUUUUUACAAAUUUUUUAUUUUCGACGUUUUUAUGAAACAUUUUUUGCUCAAUAUUUCUUUUUUUAUAAUCUUACUUCUCAAACACACUAUGCACCUAAUCCUACUUCCUGAACCAAACUAAUUCAUAUUAUAAUAAUUCUACCAAAUUACAAAAAAAAAAAAAAAAAUAGAAA